CUCAAAUGAUAAGAUAUCUGGCAGAGACUCAAGGUGGGAACCAAACAGAAGUCACAGAUUUUAUUCUCUUAGGACUCUCGGACAACUCAGAUCUACAAAUUAUCCUUUUUAUAUUGUUUCUAUUAAUCUAUAUGGCUACUAUGGUAGGCAAUUUGGGGAUGAUCAUGCUGAUUAAGGUUGAUUCCUGUCUCCACACUCCCAUGUACUUCUUCCUCAGCAGCCUCUCCUUUGUUGAUGCUUCCUACUCCUCUUCUGUGACUCCCAAGAUGCUGAUGAACCUUGUGGUUGAGAAUAAGGCCAUUUCUUUCAAUGGAUGUGCUGCCCAGUUCUACUUCUUUGGCUCCUUCCUAGGGACUGAGUGCUUCCUGUUGGCCAUGAUGGCAUAUGACCGCUACGCAGCCAUUUGGAACCCCCUGCGGUACCCCAUUCUCAUGUCUGGGAGAAUUUGCUUCAUACUAGUGGCUACCUCAUUCCUUGCAGGCUUUGGGAAUGGAGCCAUCCAUACAGGGAUGACUUUUAGAUUGUCCUUUUGUGGAUCUAAUCGAAUCAACCAUUUCUACUGUGAUACUCCACCCUUGCUUAAAAUCUCUUGCUCUGACACCUACAUCAAUGGCAUUGUCACGAUGGCUUCCUCCAGUUUUAAUGUCAUCACCUGUGUUGUUAUUGUCCUUAUUUCCUACCUGUGCAUCUUCAUCACCAUCUUGAGAAUGCCCUCAGCAGAAGGUAGGUACAAAGCCUUCUCCACCUGUGCCUCCCACCUCACUGCUGUUACCAUAUUCUUUGGCACGAUUCUUUUCAUGUACUUGCGCCCAACAUCUAGCUACUCAAUGAAGCAGGACAAGGUUGUCUCUGUCUUUUACACGGUGGUGAUCCCUAUGCUGAAUCCCCUCAUCUGCAGUUUGAAAAAUAAGGAUGUGAAAGAGGCCCUAAAGAAGGUCUUACAGAAAACCAUGCUGUGAAGGCAUGUUGAACAUCUUCCUGGUACUUGCAUUAAGACAGAUGAUUUAAAAUGAGAUGUCCUGCUUGUUCUCUUCAUAUCUGAAACAUAUAUACAUGGGCCCAUCUGAUGAUUCAGCACAGUAGGUGAAGGCAGUGUCUGGUAGAAUGUUUAAACUUUUGGAAUCCACUAGCCUGUGUUUAUGUUCCAAUUUCAAUACUCAAUUCUUGUCAACCCCAGUUUUAUUGUAUCUACUUUGAUGUCUCCAGCUGGAUUCCAGGAAAACAGGAUGAAAAAAAAAAAAAAAAGAUUUGAGUGCAGGAAGAGUUACUACAGAAUGUUUCCCGAAACAAUACCUUCAAGGGAGAAAAGAAAGAAGGAUUGGGAAGGAGCUGAAUAGUGAUGAAUUUCAAACAAAGACUAAGCCAAUUAUAUGUCUACUCUCCCCAAGCAUCCUGGGCUCUGAAGCUAGGAUGGCCUUUCAGUGAUGACCAAGAUUGUGAUAAAAGAGUCAUACAUUUCCAUCCACAAUGAUUGGUUCUGAAUGUGGGCUACUUACUGGGAGAGGGCAUAAUAUUUGGGAAGACAACCCCUUAAAGCACAGGGAAAGUCCCAGAGAGUAACUCAGCUAUGAAUAUUUAGCUGCUGAUAUAUCUGGCAGAUGAGGAAAUUUCUACCCUGAAAGGCAUAUCUGGGUGAUUUACUACAGCAUCACUAUAAAUAAUAACAGUUAUUUGACUUACAUGGAUGCCAAGACCAUCAAAUAAAAUGCAUGAAAGAAUUUUGUCAGAUAUAAAAAAUAUGGGAGCCAGAGCAAUGUUCUAGGCAUAUCUUACAAGCUUUGUGAGUUAAUUGGAAUAUUUUAAAGGUAGUAAUCCCUGUGCUUUAACUUUUUAUCUUUUCAUGCUUUCAAAGUUUCACAUAAUUUUCAAUAAACGUUUGUAAAUUAUCUAUCUAUUGCUCUUUGUAGUGGGAUGGAAUGUCAUCAAUAUUGGAGCAAAGGAACACCAGCUUUCUUUGAUGAGAUAUAUGGCAAAAGAGGUCUAAGUAAUUAUUUGGACAUCAAGUAAAUGUGUAUGUGCUAUUUUUUUCCAUUUCCACUAUCCAUUUCUUACUAUGAGAGAGAACAAUAAUAUUCUGCAUGUUUCAAGUGAGACCAUCUCUCAGCCACCUCUUCUUGAAUAAUUCUUUAGAGUUCACAAAGGAGAAUUUAACU